UUGCCAACAUGAGAAACAACCAGACAACACAAAACGCCACAGGUUGCCACGCUCACCAAUUUCUAGAUCCAGAUCUCAACAUGAAGAACAAACUCGUCCAGACAAAUUGCUGCUGAUAAUUGGGACAUGGAACUAUGACAGCUUCAGAGAUUCCUCCUGCUCUGGAUGAACAUACAGAAAGCAUCAACCUGCCGUGGACAUCUGUGGCUAUGUCGCAACAGCACAGCACUUCAUCAGUGGUAAUAUUCUUCUUGUCGGCGGGGUUGCAGUGCUACUGCUUCAGCUUCCUUGGUUAUAUAUACUGGCAAAUCGUAGCCUAGUUGAUACCAUUGCAGCUCAGCUUCUCACAGCCAUUUCCAAAGAAACAAGAAAAAAUACCGCAGCUCUAAUUGGAGCCAUGGCUUCCAUUCUUAGAUCUACAAGUUUGCCUUCUAGCUUUCAUUCUGAAGAAAUCAACAUCGAAGAACAAUUGCACAGCCUCAAGGCAACCAUUUCUUCUGCUACCACUGAAAAAGUGGUCGAUGGCAUCAGGAGGCUUGGAGGGUUGUACAACAGCAUCGAGGAGAUGAUGUGCUCACCAAGUGGCCAGGUUAGCCUUUGCCAGCCACAACAGAGGAAAGCAGUGGAGAAAGAGCUCGAGAAGUCCCUCAUCUUUCUCGACCUCUGCAACGCCAUGCAAGAGAACUUUUCUGAGCUCAAGACAAGCAUUCAGGAGAUGCAGUUGGUCAUCAAGAGAGGAGAUGACUCCGCUCUUAAAUCCAAGAUCCAGUCCUACAUCCGCUUGGCUAAGAAGGUGCAAAAACAGUUGAAGAAGAUCAGCAAGAAGCCUAUUACAGUUCACCAGGAAACCUGCAGGGUGAUCAAGCAGUUGGCUGAAGCUAGAGAGAUUGGAAUCUCCAUGCUUGAAUCAUUGCCGCAUCUCUUGUUGAACCAAAUUGCAAUGCCAAGCUCUAGCAAAUGGUCCCUUCUCUCCAGGACUACCCACAAAAGAAGACUAACAUGCGAGGAGGAGCAAUUGCAGGCGAUGGAGUUGGUCAUUGUUGAUCUUGAGAUUGGAAUUGAGACUUUGUUCAGGAAAUUGAUCCAGAGCAGAGUUUUAGUCCUCAACACUCUCAGUUUGUAGAUAGAUUAGGCAUGAACCCUGAUCCAAUGUGAUUGGCAUCAGCCUUUUAAAGGAUCUGCUGACCAUCAUACAAUUUUGUAAUGUACCAGUAAAUGAGCAACUGUACAGAAAAUUACUGAAAAGAAAGUCACAGUUUUUGGUCUAUUUCCUA